AUGGCGUGCAAGGCUCCCGCCGUAACAAUUGGAGCCUUUGAAGGUGCCAUCUCCACAUCUACCUGCAAUACUCCGAACGAAGAGACACCCCUGAUCCGCUCGAGGAGGCGACAUUCCUUUCAGCAUGCGAGACGCUCGUCGUGCGACUACGACGCAGAAGCUGUUUUUCUAAGAGUGGAGGUCUUUCUCGUGGAACUAGAACGACGUCUACAAUGGCUCGAAGAAUACCGCAAAUCUCAUAUGGAAUCGAUCGACGCUAGCAUGCGAAGAGGAUAUGCAGCUCUAGAAGCCGUCCGAGACUCCUGCUGUGCGGCAUCCGGUGAAUUGAUGGGAGGCGGCAAGAAACGAGCCAAAAUCUUGGUCGAAACACUCGAAGAACGAUACAACGAAGCUCUUGCGACAAAAGAGACUCUAAGCGAAAAAGCGUAUGCUGGCAUGCGACUGAUGGAGUCUUUUUUGAAUGAUAUCGAGGCCAGGUCUCAAUUAGUCCGCGAGGCCGGAUUAACGAGUGCCUUUGAUGAAGGUUGGAGAGGCGUGGAGUCGGGAUUGAAUCAUGCUCGGGAAGCUGUGACCGAGGUUGUGGAUGAGGGUAUGGAAAGCGUCCGACGAGCCAAGGAAGCAUUGCGCGAGAGUAUAGAUCGUGCUAUCCUGCUGGCACAGGAGCGCCGCACAAUCCAUUAUCACGACUUGCCGCAUCCGUGGAGAGUCAACCCACAUAUUCUGCAGGGCUACCGGUUCACGGCAUCCACCAAGGAGUGCAUAACGUCAGUGUUUUCCUUUUCGAACGAAUUAGUCAACAUCUGGUCUCAUUUAAUCGGCCUUUUUAUCGUUUUAUCGAUUGCUUUUUAUUUCUACCCACUCAACCCCAACUUUCCCCUGAGCACAAAGGCGGAUAUCAUGAUUGCCGCCGUCUUCUUCUUCGCGGCCUGCAAGUGCCUCGUCUGCAGCACAAUAUGGCACACCAUGAACGGCAUCGCCAACCAAAAAGUAAUGGAACGCUUCGCCUGCGUCGACUACACCGGCAUUUCAUUCCUAGUUGCAGCAUCAAUCAUGACAACCGAAUACACCGCAUUUUACUGCGAACCAACCUCUCGCUGGAUUUAUAUUUUACUCACUUUCUCCCUCGGCGUCGGCGGCGUCAUCCUGCCAUGGCACCCAACCUUCAACCGCCCCGACAUGUCCUGGGCCCGCGUCGCAUUCUAUAGCAUCAUGGCCCUCACCGGUUUUGCACCAUUAAUCCAACUCAGCUACUCGCGCAGCUUUGAAUGGUGUCUUUAUUUCUACGCCCCUGUCGUGAAAAGUAUUCUCGUCUACGGUCUGGGAGCCUGCAUUUACGCCUCUCAGAUCCCCGAACGCUGGUUUCCCGGCCUGUUUGACUACUGUGGCGMAAGCCAUAAUAUCUGGCACAUUGCCGUGCUGGGCGGAAUCCUGUUCCACUAUUUCGCAAUGCAGGAAUUGUUUGCCGGUGCAUUUGUGAGAGCGCAGGGGGAGUGUCCUAACUUGAAUGCUUAG